UAAAGUGACGAAUUUUAUUUUCCUUCUAUAAAUCAUGCUCGCUCGCGCCUCUGUGUCUCUCACACAAACACACACACAGACAAAGCAUAAACACACAGCAUAAACAAAGCGGUAUGCCUUCUGUCCCCGGGAAACUCGUCUGCGUCACCGGCGCCGGAGGCUUCAUUGCUUCGUGGCUGGUUAAGCUCCUCCUCGAGAAAGGCUAUACUGUCAGAGGAACCGUUAGAAAUCCAGAUGAUCCGAAGAAUUCGCAUUUGCGAGAGCUUGAAGGAGCGGAUGAGAGGCUGAUUCUGUGCAGAGCGGAUCUGAACGUGUACGAGAGCUUGCGCGAAGCUAUUAAUGGCUGCGACGGCGUCUUCCACACGGCGUCGCCUGUCACCGAUGAUCCAGAACAAAUGGUGGAACCGGCUGUUAACGGCGCCAAGAAUGUGAUACGCGCAGCAGCGGAAGCGAAGGUCCACCGCGUCGUGAUAACCUCCUCAAUUGGUGCAAUUUACAUGGAUCCCAACAGAGACCCUGAAAAAGUCGUGGACGAGACUUGCUGGAGCGACCUUGAGUUUUGCAAAAACACCAAGAACUGGUACUGCUACGGCAAGGCUGUGGCAGAGCAAGCUGCAUGGGAUGAAGCCAAGGAAUUAGGGGUGGAUUUGGUGGUGAUCAACCCUGUUUUGGUGCUUGGCCCACUUCUCCAACCAACUGUGAAUGCUAGUGUCCUUCACAUACUCAAAUAUUUGACUGGCUCAGCAAAGACUUAUGCCAACUCAAUUCAAGCCUAUGUUGAUGUCAAGGACGUCGCGCUGGCCCACAUCCUCCUGUACGAGAAUCCCGCGGCCUCCGGGCGCUACCUCUGCGCGGAGAGCGUCCUCCACCGAGGCGAAGUGGUGGAGAUUCUUGCCAAAUUCUUCCCGGAGUAUCCCAUACCUACCAAGUGCUCUGAUGAGAAAAACCCAAGGAAAAAACCAUACAAGUUCUCAAACCAAAAGCUGAAGGAUUUGGGGCUUGAAUUCACACCAGUGAAGCAAACUUUGUACGACACAGUUAAGAGUCUUCAAGAAAAAGGCCAUAUUCCAGUCCCAACUCAGAAUGAGGAGCCCAUUCGUAUUCAGUCUUGACCUAUUUGGAGACAUAGAAUAAAGUCCAAAUCAUAUUAAAUAUGUGUAGUACUAUCAUUAUAUUAUGGCAUUAUUUGUUGCUCCUUUUUUCUAAAUGUUUAUGUGAAGAAAAAGAGUUGAUGAUAAAAAUGACAUGUAAUGAGAAAUUUACAAAGUGUUAACCAUGUCAUGUAAAACUCACUAUAUUUUAUAUGGUACUACUCAUUAACAGCGUUUGGAUUGGUUA